GCAUUAGCAUAGCAACCGGAAAAUGCGCAGAACAGACGUCGAUUUUUGAUUACGUCUUCAUAUCGAUGCACGAGGGGAGAGGUAGCAAGUUUUACUCAGCUAGUCGGUGCUCUGGACUGUAAUUAAAAAUAUGGGGAAGCACAAAACCAAACAGUUUGCUGCAAUGAAGAGAAUGAUUAGUUUGAAAGACCACAGAAUAAAAGAGAAGGACCGUGCAAAAACAAUACAGAAAAAGAAGAAAGAUCCCUCCAAGCUAAAGGAGAGAGAAGUGCAAAAGCAUCCAUCAUGCCUGUUCUUCCAGUAUAAUACUCAGCUUGGCCCACCGUACCACAUUCUGGUUGAUACCAAUUUCAUCAACUUCUCCAUCAAGGCCAAACUGGACAUUGUUCAAUCUAUGAUGGAUUGUCUGUAUGCCAAAUGCAUUCCGUAUAUCACAGACUGUGUGAUGGCUGAGAUUGAAAAGCUUGGAAUGAAAUACAGAGUUGCGCUCAGGAUAGCCAAGGAUCCACGGUUUGAGCGCCUGCCGUGCACACACAAGGGAACAUACGCUGAUGACUGUUUGGUCCAAAGGGUGACACAGCACAAAUGUUACAUCCUGGCUACUGUGGACAGAGAUCUAAAGAGAAGAGUCAGGAAGAUCCCCGGGGUGCCCAUCAUGUACAUCUCCAACCACAGGUAUAAUAUUGAACGGAUGCCUGAUGACUAUGGUGCACCAAGGUUUUAAAAUGCCUGAACCACAUCUGGACCUGUAUAUAGACUGAAGUUUCCUGUUGAUAAUUGAUUUCCUUUUGUGCAUAUUAAAAAUACUGAGGUGUAAUUUGGCAAAGAUGGAGGUGUGUUUGAUCAAACUACACAUUUCAUUAUGUUUUGUUGUUAUGAAAGAUUUUGUUACAGUUCAUUGAGUUGAAUUGAAUAAAUGAAUCAGUGAAAUUCA